UUUUUUUUUUCUCGACCACUACAAUGGCCACCGAAUGGUCUCUAGAUUUUUGUCUGGUCUGUGAUCGACAGACUCUCGGAGGCCCUUAUUGCUCUCAAACUUGCAGACUAGCAGAACUGGAUCUCGUUCCAUCCGAACAAUUACAUCCUCCAUCCAAAAUAACCACAACCACAAUCAAGUCCUCCCGUUCGCAUUCGUCACGAUCCUUGUCACCUUCUUCAUCACAAACAUCCCUCUCAUCGCUACGAAGUAAUGCCUCAUUGAACUCCGCCCUGUCGAACCAAUUCCAGAGCGAAUUACGGGAUUAUGCCAGUUGUUUCGACCAGGUCCGCGAUUUGAAGCGACGGAUGACCUCAUGAUGCAAUUCCAUGCUACGCCUUAUUCAUCUUGUCCAAAGGGCAAACUCGAUUCAUUUCUAUCCCUGUUUUUUCUACCACCAUCUUCGGCAGACUGAAAUAGCGUUGUUUUAUUACCUUUUACUAAAAUUCCCUGUGAUCAUAAUGGAGUCCCCGCUCUCAUUUUUCUUUUUUGCUUUCCCCAGGGCUCACACGUGUGAAUGUUUGGGCAUAAAGAUACCUGUAUUAUGGAGUUUGUUGUCUAUUAAUAGCUAAUGCAUUGAUGCUGACACGAGAAAAAAAAAAAA